GAACUGAGCGCAAGAAUGGAGCUCUCGCACAGCCUAACGCUGAACGAGGCCGCCCUCAACCAGCUGCCGGAACAGAAGCGUCCCGUAUUUAUCUUUGAAUGGUUGCGCUUCCUCGACAAGGUGUUAGUGGCGGCCCAAAAGUCCGACAUCAAGGGCUGCCAGAAGAAGCUGGUCGAGCAGCUAACGCAACACAUUCAGGGUGCACCGGGGCCACCAACGCGCAAGCUUAUCGCCCGCUGUCUGGCCACACUGUUCUCCGUCGGUGAUACGUUUCUGCUGUUCGAAACGGUCAACAAGUGCAAUGACAUACUGAAGAACAAGGACGAUUCGCCCAGCUAUCUACCGACCCGGUUGGCCGCUAUCUGUGUGGUGGGCUGCAUGUACGAAAAGCUGGGCCGCAUGAUGGGCCGCUCGUACGAAGAGACGGUACAGAUUUUGCUGAAAUCGCUCAAGAAUGCCGAAUCGCAGUCACGCAUAGAAAUCAUGAUGACGCUGGAGAAGGUGUGCGCCGGCAUGGGAUCGGCCAUCUCGAACGUGCACAAGGACAUCUACAAGGCGGUUCGCUACUGCUUGACCGAUCGCGUGAUGGCGGUCCGAGUGGCCGCUUCUAACUGUUUGCUGGAGAUGACCAAACAUGCCCCCUUUCUGUACACGUCCGAGCUGGAAAGUUUGGCAUCGUUGUGCUUCCGUGCGUUCGACAGCUGCAACUACGAGGUCAGGUGUGCGGUGGCCAAGUUGCUCGGUACGCUCAUAGCUUGUACGCAGAAUGGCAGUUUGCGCAACUUUAGCAGCAUGACCGCGUCAUCGUCGAGCACGAAAUCGUUGCGACCGGUGUCGCUGGACGAAGCGCUCGGCGUGCUAAUGUCCGGCUUUUUGCGCGGCGGUGUAUCGUUCUUGAAGGGCACGGGCGAAAUUAUAAAGGGCAGUUCGGGCGUCAAUCGAGAAGUACGGGUCGGUGUCACCCAUGCGUACGUGGUGUUUGUGCAAACGAUGGGAGGGCUUUGGUUGGAGCGCAACAUGCAAUCGUUUCUUGUGCACGUGCUGGAUCUGGUGGCGAAUCCCAAGGCAGCCUCCUCACAUGUAGAUGCGGUGUACUCAAGAAAAUGCAUCAACUUCAUUCUGCGGUCCGUCAUCGGGAAGAUGCUGGGCGAAAAGGCGCAAUCGUCGGCCUGCAAAGAGUUGAUACACCUGAUCGCAAAGCAGAUGAAUUCGAUCGACUUCAAUCCGGAAAAUGCAAAAGAUUCCAACCAAGAGACACUAUUCAGUCAGCAUCUGCUCGUCUGUGCGCUACAGGAACUCGGUAGUCUGGUGCUGCUGCUUGGCACUACCGCACAAAACCUGCUCGCCGACCAGUCGCUAAACUUUAUCGAUGCAAUCUGUGCCGUGUUGAUUCAUCCCUGCAUGGCAGCGCGGCUCGCUGCAGCUUGGUGUUUGCGUUGCGUUUGUGUCGCCGUACCGAGCCAAAUCACACCGCUCAUUGAUCGGUUUAUUGAUGCAAUUGAAAAGAUGCGCACCUCGCCGGAUGCAAUUUCGGGGUACAGUGGAGCGCUGGCGGCAGUGCUCGGUGGUGUACGCUAUUCGCCCCUGGGUAUACCACACACGCGCGGCAAAAUAAUAUUCAACACCGCCGAAGAACUGUUGCGUACGGCUAGUCAGAAUAGUCGCUUGUCGCUAAACCGCACGCAGGCCGGUUGGCUACUGAUUGGCGCCAUCAUGACGCUGGGUGUGCCAGUAGUGAAGGGGCUGCUGCCACGCAUGUUACUGCUGUGGCGAAACGCUUUUCCACGCUCAACGAAGGAACUCGAAUCGGAAAAGGCACGUGGUGAUGCAUUCACCUGGCAGGUGACAUUGGAGGGUCGUGCCGGGGCCCUGUCGGUGAUGCAUAGCUUCUUGCUGCACUGCCCAGAACUCGUUACGGACGAUAUCACACGCCGGCUGCUGACACCGAUCGAAAGUGCACUAGCUAUGUUGAUCAACAUAACGUCAGUGCUGAAAAACUAUGGCCAACACUUGAAAGCACCGACCGCGAUGGUACGAUUGCGAUUGUACGAAACUCUAUCCCUUUUACCGGCAAACGCACUGGAAUCAUCGUACACGCAUCUGCUCCGAAUGCUUGUAUCGGAAUUUACGCUCACGGAAAAUCCGGCAAAUACUACGACCUCCUUCCUGCGGCAGAUGUGCCAUGGUGAUGAUUCGAUUAUACUAGGAACCUGGUUACAGGACACAGAUCAUCGCACGAUCGAAGAUCAGAUGGAACCGAACCGUAAGGCUGACGGUGAUUAUCUGCAACCGAACAGUGCAGCCGGUUCCGGUGCACUAGAGCAUGAUGCCUGCUGUCUGUUCCGGGGAAUCGCGGCUGGUGAGCAGUGUCCGGGCCCCCUGCCACUCGGUGUUGCCGUGAUCGAUAUGUCCGUGAUACUGUUCGGGUUAAUCUUUCCGAAGGUAGCCAACAAACACCGGCUGCAGAUGUUGGAACACUUUGGCGAGUGUAUAAAGCAUGCCAAAAGUUCCCGCCAGGAGGCGGUACAGAUGAACAUUUUUACCGCUCUGCUCAGUGGGCUCAAGGGAUUGACCGAAACAAAGUCAGCGAUCGGACAGGACGAUGUGCGCAAGAGUGCUACGAAUUUGAUCAUUAGCGCACUGACUAGCGCGAACCCGAUACUGCGUUGUGCGGCCGGUGAAGCACUCGGGCGCAUCGCCCAGGUGGUGGGUGAUUCGCGUGUGACCGCUGAACUAGCACAGACCAGCUUUGAUCGGUUGAAAUCUGCUCGGGACGUUGUGACGCGUACGGGACAUUCGCUAGCGCUCGGCUGUUUGCAUCGGUACGUCGGUGGCAUGGGUUCAUCGCAGCAUUUGAACACGAGCGUGUCGAUUUUGUUGGCUCUCGCGCAGGAUGGAAGUUCGCCUGUGGUGCAGGUGUGGUCACUUUACGCACUGUCGCUGAUAGCCGACUCGGGCGGUCCCAUGUUCCGUGGGUACGUUGAACCAACACUUUCACUCGCACUAAAGCUUCUGCUGACGGUUCCCCAGUCCCAUGUCGACGUGCAUCAGUGCAUUGGGCGCGUGCUAAGCGCUCUGAUUACGACGAUCGGUCCCGAACUGCAGGGCGACUCCAAUUCGGUUGCCACCGCACGAUCGUCCUUCCUGUGCGCUGCGGCCAUUAUGCAAGCGCAUUCGGAUCCGUUAGUACAGGCUGAAGCGACGGGAUGUUUACAGCAGUUGCAUCUCUUCGCACCGCGCAACGUCAAUUUAUCAUCCUUAGUUCCUAACCUGUGUCAGAAUCUGAGCAGUAACUAUUUAAUGCUACGAAAAGCGGCCGUCUCCUGCCUGCGGCAACUGACUACGCGCGAAGCAAAAGAAGUGUGCGAGCAUGCGGCAAAUCUGGUGAGUGAUGAGGAUCGGUAUGCGUUGUCCGACUACGGUUUGCCGGGUGUACUGUUCGGAAUGCUUGACACCGAGAGCGAUAGUCAGAUGGUGCGAAACAUACACGAUACCAUCACCUCGAUGCUGCAGAUUCUGGCCGCCGAGAAUCUGUCUCAGUGGUUAAGCAUGUGCAAGAAUGUGCUUACCGUUGCGUCGGAUUCAUCCGUUGGAGCGGAAGGAACGGUUGCUGGAGCAACCGGCGGGGGUGCAACUGGCGGUGGUGUCGGAGGUGCUGGUGCCGGAGCUGGUAAUAGUGGAGCCACCGCCGGUAAAGAUGGCGGUGGGGAUGAUGGCGAUGGAGAUGAUGCAGAUGAUGAUGAUGACGAUGACAACAUGGAGUUCCAUGCGGAGGAUCAUCAGGCAACGCACCCCGCGGUGCAACCCCGAUGGCCAACACGCGUAUUUGCAGCCGAAUGCGUCCGGAAGGUUAUCGCUACGUGUGAAAAUGCUAGCUCGAAUCACUUUGACUUACUGGCGGCCAAAGAGAUGCAGAUGACAAAAUCUCGCGGCGAUUUCCUGGUGCUGCAUCUUUCCGAUUUGAUCCGGAUGGCGUUCAUGGCCGCGACGAGUGAUUCCGAUCAGCUGCGGUUGGAAGGUUUGAAAACGUUGCAGGAAAUCAUCGACAAGUUUGCGCACGUGCCCGAACCGGAAUUUCCGGGCCAUUUGCUGCUGGAACAGUUCCAGGCUCAGGUUGGCGCUGCCCUUAGACCCGCAUUUUCCCAAGACACUCCGUCGCACGUGACGGCGGCGGCGUGUGAAGUGUGCAGUGCGUGGAUCGGGUCCGGCGUAGCGCGGGAUUUAAACGAUUUGCGCCGUGUCCAUCAGUUGCUCGUGUCGAACCUGAGCAAAUUGAACAGCCGCACGAACAGUACACAGCUGUACAACGAAAGUAUGGCCACGCUCGAGAAGCUAAGCAUCCUGAAAGCGUGGGGUCAAGUUUACAUCAUGGCGAUGGUUGGACAUGGGGCCGCUCCGGCUAGCCAGAUGCUGAAAACGCUCAGCACCGUCGCAGGCAAUCAUUCCCAUCUGGCCGUUCCAUCUGCGGCACAGCCGAAGGAAUUCAGCAGAUUGGCAUUCGACGAUGAGUUUGGUGAUUUUGAAAGCCGCGGCGAAAGCUUACUCUCGUUGGUUCAACCGGAGCUGGAGAAUCUCUCCAAACAUUGGUUGGCGGCACUGAAAGAUUAUGCCCUGCUGUCUUUGCCGGCAGAGUAUGCAAGUCAAUUACCGCACGAUGGUGGAGCAUUCUACACGAACGACACGAUGAACCUGUCGAAACCGCACUACCUUAUCUCGUGGCCACCAAUUCUGUAUGCGGCGGCCCUGUGGCUAAACGCCGAAGGGUUCGAGAAGAACGACCAGCAACAGCUGUCCCGCGAACAGGAAGAAGAUAAGGCGAAUGCGAACGAUGCGCCAAACGCCAUGGUUCCGGCCACUAAAGCACAAACUGCCGGCACGCUAGCAUCAAGCGCAGCGACGAUAUCGCACGGCAGUCUUAGUGCGGAUCGUUUCCAUCUCAUCUUUGGCAUCUGCAUGGAAGCGCUCUGCAGUACACGAACGAACGAAAAGCUGGACAGCGUAAUCGCUUGUUUGCAGUCCCUCUACACCGUGUUCGAUUCGGCGUGGUCGCGCGAAAUGUUGAUGCGCAACAAAACACUUCCGGUCGAGCUGUGUAACGUGCUGCACAGGUUGAUACUGACGCGGGACAGCGUGGAGGUGCAGUAUCUGUGCAUUUCGAUACUGAAACAAACGAUAAUGGCCGCCAACGAGUGUUUGGAGCGGGAAAAGGAGGAGGAACGCCGCAACAAGGCAAAUGCUUCCGGCGACGAAGAUAUAGGAACGGGAGAAAAUGGUAACGACGAGACGGAACCACCUACACUAGACGUGGACUACCUCGGGGAAGGUGCCGAAGAGGGUGAAAUACUUCCAGGAAAGUCACUAGUUUAUGCCGUGUUGGAAGUGGUGCUUUGUCUUCUUGCACGACAAAUCCCGGGCAUGAACCCGUCCCAGAGUACCCGUGUGGCGAACGAACAGUUGCAGCGUCAGUUGGCUCAGGCACAGAACGGAAUUAUAAAGCUGGGCGAUGAUAAUUGCUUGCUGGUAGCGAGCGCAAUCCAAAGCUUGAACGAUUUACCAACCCUAUGCUCACCGCUCGGUGCCCUUUCCAUCCUGCCGACGAUUCUGUAUCUCACAACGGGCGUAAUAAAGGAAGUGGCAACAAAGUCCGUGCACGAUGAGUCCAUGAUUGCAAGCACGAACGUUGUGGUGCAAGCGGCCGUUCAGCUGUUGAAAAUGCUCGCCACCCAUCGGUACGGCCAGCAGGACGCACUGUCCGGCGAGGAAUGGCGCAAGCUGCUCCAGAGUGCGCUCGGUCGCAUAAUCGAUCUCACCAAGACGGGCUGCGAGGAAACGAAGAUGGACGAGGUGACGGUGAUGUUGGCGAUCGCCGUCUUUCUGCUGCAUUCGCCAGCCGGGGUGGUUUCGGUGCCGAAUCUACAGUAUCCGUGCAUAAAUCACUUUCGGCAGUGCUUCCAAAGCACUUCGUUGCCGGUACAGUUGAAGUGCGUACAGACGAUGCGCUCCAUCUUUGCGAAUGGCGAGCUGAAAGUGUCCACACCGUACAUACACGCACUGGCACCGCGGCUGAUCGAACAUCUGUACUCGGAGCAGGCGCGCAAUCCAACCAAUGAGCACGAGCUGGCACUGGUGUUGGAAGGUAUUACGACGGUUGAAGCACUGAUCGCACUAGCGGAACCUCAGAAUCACGAAUUGAUGCAAGGCAUCCAAAUGCUAACCUUGCUGGUACCUAUUCUUAUCAACUACCUGGACGAUCCGGAACAGCAGCAGCAACAGCAACGAACUACCAAAUCGAAGUACGUGGUAGCACUGAACGAUCACGCCAUACAGUGGCUAAUGAAGAUUGGCCUAAAGUAUCCACAAGAGUUUAAAACGUUCAUGGCGCAGGCACCGGAGCUUCGGCGCAAGCUGGAAGCUGCAAUCAAGCGCAACCAGAUGAAUGCCACGCUGCAGAAGAGUAAAAGCGAAGCAGCGAACGCUGCCGCUCGGAACAGUGCCGCCCAGCAGCAGAAACCAACCAUACAGCUGAAGACGGAUUUCAGUAACUUUAGCUUUGCAUAG